AUGGGAAGUGAGGGGCUAGGUGGACAGGAAUCUUCAGAGGGAGGGGAUCUGAAGUUUGAAAAUGUUCCCCAGGUGUCUUCAUUAGGCCUCCUUCUGUCCCCUGAGUGCCCGGGCAUUGUGAUUUCAGUGCUCAUCUGUUUUUUGGUGUACUUUGGUGUUACCGUGGCACUUACGCUCAUGGUGCCUUACUACCAGCUUCAGCCUGGGAGCCCCUUGGCUGAGGCAUUUCUCCAUAGUGGCUGGGCCCCUGCCCGCUAUGUUGUGGCUAUUGGAGCCCUCUGUGCUCUUUCUACCGGCAUCUUGGACUCUAUGUUCCUCAUUCGUGGGAUGAUCUAUGUGAUGGCAGAUGACGGCCUCCUGUUCGGUGUCCUUGCCAGGACGUACACCAGAACAGGCAUCCCCAUCGUGGCCACUGUGGCCUCGGGCAUUAUUGCAGCUUUCGUGACAUUCCUCUUUGGACUCACUGAUCUUGUGGACCUCAUGUCGAUCGGGACCCUGCUUACUUACUCCCUGGUGGCUAUUUGUGUUCUCAUCGUCAGGUAUCAGCCUGAAAUGAAGGAUGAAGACAGUGCAACAGGGGCGCACCAGGAGAGUGGACCUGUGGUGGAGAAGCUGACCCUGUGGGGACUCUUUUGUCGCAGCCCCACCCCCACUGCACUCUCUGGCCGGGUUGUCUCUGUUUGCGCCUCCCUGCUUGCUCUGCUGCUGACUCUUCUCUGCCUGGUGCUGGCUCAGGGGCCAGGUCUGCUGCUCUCUGGAGACCCAGUGUUGGUUACAGCGGUUGUGCUGCUCCUGGUGCUCGUCACUGGGAUCACUGGGGUCAUCUGUAGACAGCCACAGAGCUCCACUCCCCUUUACUUUAAGGUCCCUGCUCUGCCUCUCCUCCCACUCCUGAGCAUCUUUGUGAAUGUUUACCUUAUGAUGCAGAUGGCAGCUGGUACCUGGGCCCGAUUUGGUGUCUGGAUGCUGAUUGGGUUGGCUAUCUACUUUGGCUAUGGGAUCCAGCAUGCGUGGAGGAUUAAACCCACUUUAGUCAGGGCACAAACUGAGGACGUUGAACUGAGUAGUGCCAAUUCAUGUUCGAUUUGA